GAAUACGCCACCUUCCGGUGUUGCUAACGGAAGCACACAUGUUCAUGGUCAUGUCUCUGGGCAAAGCUGGCUGGUGUCUGGUCAACCCUCUCCGGGGGGGCUUUCGGCCUUCCGCCUCGGUCGUAGGCCGGAGCUACGCUGCUGUUGCUGAAGCCAGGGCCGUGUUAAACGGGGAACUGGAGGCCAUUCGUGCGGCGGGGACGUGGAAGUCGGAGAGGGUCAUUACUUCCAAACAGGGACCGCACAUCAACGUGGACGGAAGCCGUGGCAGCAUGCUGAACUUCUGUGCCAACAACUACCUUGGCUUGUCCAGUCAUCCGGAGGUGGUGCAGGCGGGGAUCGAUGCCCUGAAAGUCUACGGCGCUGGAUUGAGCUCGGUCCGAUUCAUCUGCGGUACUCAGGAUUUGCACAAAAAUCUGGAGCGGAAAUUGUCUGAGUUCCACGAGCGAGAGGACUGCAUCCUCUACGCCAGCUGCUUUGAUGCCAAUGCUGGACUCUUUGAGGUGCUCCUGGGACCCGAGGAUGCGGUGCUGUCAGACGAGCUCAACCACGCCUCCAUUAUUGACGGCAUCCGUCUGUGUCGGGCCAAGAGGCUGCGCUACAGACACAUGGACCUGGCUGACUUGGAGAGCAAGCUGAAGGAGUCUCAGUCCUCCCGGAUGCGGCUGGUGGUCACGGAUGGAGUCUUCUCCAUGGACGGGGAUGUGGCUCCGCUAACGGGAAUAUGUGACCUGGCAGAGCAGUAUGGCGCCAUGGUGUUCAUCGAUGAAUGCCAUGCCACUGGUUUCCUUGGUCCCCGGGGCCGAGGAACCGAUGAGCUUCUGGGGGUGAUGGAUCGAGUUCAUAUUGUGAACUCCACUUUGGGAAAAGCCCUGGGAGGUGCAGCUGGUGGCUACACGGUGGGUCCCAAACCCCUCAUAGACCUGCUGAGGCAGCGCUCUCGGCCGUACCUCUUCUCCAACUCCCUCCCCCCCCCUGUGGUGGGCUGCGCUACCCGGGCCGUGGAGCUGCUGCUCGCCUCCGACGAGAUUGCGCGGAGCAUGUCGGCCAAAACCAUGCGGUUCCGGAACAAGAUGACAGAGGCUGGUUUCACCAUCUCAGGCUCCGCCCACCCGAUCUGUCCGGUGAUGCUCGGCGACGCACGGCUGGCGUCCCUCAUGGCGGACGAUAUGCUGAAGCUAGGAGUGUACGUGAUUGGGUUUUCCUACCCGGUCGUACCAAAAGGCAAAGCCAGAAUCCGGGUUCAGAUUUCAGCCGCGCACACCGAGGCAGACAUCGACCACUGCGUCGACGCCUUCGUGCAGACUGCCAGAAAGCACGGGGUCCUUUCCUGAACCUUUGCAUUAGGGCCAUGAGUGAUGGUGGGGGGGGGAGACGUGUUGGCUUUGAUAAAUAAAACACUUGGAGAACCAGUUGGAAAUGUUUCCAAGACAAAGUGCUAUUAGUAUUGUUUGAUGAUGUUACAAAUAUGCAAAAAACCCAAGAAAUCCAGAAGGGGGCAACCACUUUUCCACACUAGUGUACGUUCGGCCUGCUCUGUCAGCUCUCUCCGCCACUAUCCUGUCCAUUGGCUGAAGGAGCAGAACCCCCUGAGACUUGCCCCACUCUUCGGAACCUUUUUAUGGGUGCCGUGGUCUGCUUCCCAUUCUAUAGAAGCGCGGUACGUCAUGGUGAAUGUAAUUCUGUCAUGAAUAUUGUGUCUGCUCAAAGUAUGCUUUAGCCAAUGGCAUCACUAAUAAUUUCAUGUAUGAGGAUGAAAAAUUAAAUGCAAAGUUUAUG